AUGAAGACAGAUACCUUCAUAGCAGCUCUAAAACGAUUCAUUGCUAGACGUGGAAGACCGGAGGAAAUGUAUAGUGAUUGCGGCACUAAUUUUAUAGUUGCCAACAGACAACUGAAAUCAUAUCGUUCGGACCAAAAGGUAGCUAGAUAUUUAGUAGAGGAAAAAAUUAAGUGGAAUUUCAAUCCGCCUUCUGCGCCACACUUUGGUAGAUUGUGGGAAGCCGCGGUAAAGACUAUAAGAUGUCACAUGAAAAGAGCAAUUGGUGCUCAAGUUCUAACUUUUGAAGAAUUUGUUAGCAGAAGUCAAGGCAUGUCUGAACUCAGGAUCAUUAUAGCGAUUUCAAGUGAUCCAGAUGAUUUUUCCAUGAUUACAUCGAGGUCAUUUUUUGUUAGGAACAUCGUUAAAGGCUAUUCUGGAACCAAAUGUGUGUGA